CAAAAUUUUAAUCCAAAGCCAAAACCAAAAACUCCCCUCUCUCUCUCUCUCUCUCUCUCUCUCUCUCUCUCUGAUCUUUUGCACUUUAUACAAACAGCGAGAUGUGCAUGCUGUCAACCAAGGCUACGUGUAACUCCCAUGGCCAGGACUCUUCUUACUUCCUAGGAUGGCAGGAGUAUGAGAAGAACCCUUUUCAUGAGGUCAGCAACCCCAACGGGAUCAUUCAGAUGGGACUUGCCGAGAAUCAGCUCUGCUUCGAUAUUCUCAAGUCGUGGCUAGCCAAGAAUCCAGACGCAGCAGGAUUCCAGAGAAAUGGAGAAUCCAUUUUUGGGGAGCUUGCUCUUUUUCAAGACUACCACGGCAUUCCAGAAUUCAAAAAGGCAUUGGCGGAAUUCAUGUCUGAAAUCAGAGGAAACAAAGUCAGCUUUGAUCCCAACCACUUGGUCCUCACCGCCGGUGCAACCUCAGCUAACGAGACUCUUAUGUUUUGCCUCGCCGAGCCCGGAGAAGCAUUUCUUCUUCCUACUCCAUAUUACCCAGGAUUUGACAGAGACCUCAAGUGGCGUACCGGGGUUGAGAUUGUGCCCAUUCACUGCACUAGCUCUAAUGGCUUCCAAAUUACUGAAACCGCUCUAGAAGAAGCUUGCCAAGAGGCUCAAAAGCGUAAUUUGCGAGUCAAGGGCGUUCUGGUUACCAACCCAUCAAACCCAUUAGGAACAACGAUGACCAGAAAUGAGCUCAACAUGCUCUUUAGCUUCGUUGAGGACCAAGGUAUUCAUCUGGUUAGUGACGAGAUAUACUCCGGCACUGCUUUUAGCACCCCAAGCUUUGUCAGCGUCAUGGAAAUUCUCAAAGAGAGAAAGUGUGACGAUAAUGGUUCCGAACUUUGGAACCGAGUUCAUGUAGUUUACAGCCUCUCCAAGGAUCUUGGUCUACCGGGUUUCCGAGUUGGUGCUAUUUACUCCAACGAUGACAGGGUUGUUUCUGCAGCAACAAAAAUGUCGAGCUUUGGGCUCGUCUCUUCCCAAACUCAGUACCUUCUCGCUGCCAUGCUAUCGGACAAGAAACUAACCAAGAACUACAUCUCCGAGAACCACAAGAGGCUCCGACAACGACAAAAGAAACUUGUGUCGGGACUUCAGAAAGCCGGCAUAAGCUGCCUCAAGGGCAAUGCCGGUUUGUUCUGUUGGGUGGACAUGAGGCACUUGCUCCGGUCUAACACAUUCGAAGCUGAAAUGGAGCUUUGGAGAAAGAUUGUCUACGAGGUCCGCCUGAAUAUCUCCCCCGGAUCCUCGUGCCAUUGCACGGAACCCGGUUGGUUUCGAGUGUGCUUUGCUAACAUGUCCGAGGACACUCUGGACUUAGCAGUGCAACGUAUGAAGGCUUUUGUAACGGAAUAUUACAAUGUCCCCGAGGUGAAUGGACACCAACAAACCAGCCGCUUAUACCACUCCAGAAGACGGUCACUCACUAAGUGGGUUUUCCGGCUAUCAUUCGAUGAUCGCAGCCCUAUCCCCGGUCGUUGAAAGAUAGCCUGGUUCGACUGCCACAAGAAAGCGGAAAUUGUUGAAAG